AUGGCUAUUCCCUCGUCCUACGAGGCAGUGACGAAAAACCUCGAGGCUAUCCUCGCGGAUCCGGCAACUCCCUUCGACGUGCCCGCCAUGGAGAAGCUGAAGCUGGAAAUCACGCGAAAUACAGACGCCUCCGUACCAGCAUCUAUUAUCACACAAAUCUCCCAAGUUCUUCCUAUCUUGCAAGAGGAUCCUACCCCGCUGACAACUCUUGGCAUUAAAGCAAUGGCAUUCCUUACUUUCUCCGAUAUCCAAGCUGUGGACCCGCCGGUCAAUUUGAUCGCCGGAAUCAAGGCACCUUCACCGCCGAUAAAUCUACUUGCAUUAUCUCUGCUUGCUAAAGCGAACGGAUCUACCGGUGAUGCAGCUAUAAUUGCUGGAAACUCAGAGUUGGUUGCCACUUUAGUGGAAGUAUGGCUCUCAACCUCGACGACAGAGAUUGCCCAGGCCGCAUUCGAUGUUUUGUGGUCCUUGCUGGAGGUCGAUCAUGCGAACAACGAGGAUGCUGAAAACUAUCCCUCAAACACGGGGGGACAAGGCUUACUAUGGAGAAGACUGUUUAGCGACAAAAGCGUCUAUGGCCUCUUCUUCUCCCUAACUAGUCUUGUCAGCGAUGACCAAGCUGGGCAACUAUCGAAGCGAGAAAAGUCCGUUGCGCAAGGUCGACUUCUAGAGUUCAUAGCAAAGGCUGGGACACUACGAUGGGAUCUCAUAUCAAAUUCUCAUUUCCCGGAAAUUGAGUCCAAAUACCAAAGCCACAGUUUGCUUCACUUUGCCGCCUGUCGAAUGAUCGACACUAGCGAUGUUCUGAUGCACAUGACGCUGCUGGAUUUCAUUCGGAAUUUUAUCCAGAUCCAGGCUCCAGGUCCAAAUAUCUCCCGACGCGACCCCUCGGCGUCCCAGUUUUCCUCGCGUGCUCUCGACUUCUUGGUCAAGGAAAACCUACAUCAGAAGAUCCUUGGAUUCUAUCUAGACUCGUCACAGGUUGACCCCAUUGAUAUUACGUUUCUAGAUAGCCCUAUCACCGCCUAUGUGGCCCAGUAUUCACAACUUUACCCGAAUCAUCUCUUACAGAAUCCACGAGAAGUCCUUGACCGCAUACUGGCUCGAAUUCACCGGUCCUUCUCCAUCCCAUCAGCGCAAUGGGCACAUGGGCAAGUUCCGACGGGAGAUCUUGCCGUUUUAGCCUCUUUGCCGCGGGUUAUGCUUGUCGAAGCCAACAGAAGAUCUCUAAAUCCACUGCAGGCUGUUCCCUCAAGUCCUCCAAAUAAAGACAGUCUCAGUACCUUAGCGAGGAUUUUCCACGGCCCACCACGAAAUUCCGGGGGAGAGCCAUCUGACAAUAUACACAAGGAAGCAACUGCAGCGCGCGUUCUUUAUUUUGCAUAUCUCAAUGACCAUGCGAAUUUUUGGAAAGAUGUCGCCGCUUCUGCAGAUGUUGUUGCUAUGCCGGACGUAGCUCUUGCCGCUAUCGCCUUGAUCAGAGCCGUUGUUACUGCAAACUGGAACACUCUGUCCACUGAACAGGCUGGUCUGAUUAAUGCUAACUCGGCAUUCACACUUCCUUCUGAGCCCGAAUUGACUUCCAAUGGUCCUGGGUUACUCCCGACUUCUGGGUCAUGGGCUAUCCUGACACCUCCGGCGCUGACGACCGUUCUUCCCUACCUAUUCAAGCCACCAUUGACAUAUAACAAUUUUGUCGCCGGUGGGGCAGGAGAUUUGGAGAGCGUAGUCUGGAGAAUAGCAACGGCCAAGUAUGAUACGCUCGUAGAAUUCCACGCUGCUCUGAAAAAUUCUGCUAUUCAGGAAGAUGGGUCUGAAGAUAUUAUCAAGACCCUAGAGCAGCGGAUUCGUGAUGGUCCCCAAGGACCUGCGAUCCAAGUCGGCAGCCGCGUCGAGGCGUUGGAGUUAUAG